AUGAAGGCUGAGGCUCCGGGAGGUUUCCUGGUGCUGCCGUGGCCCGGUACCGGUGCCGGCGGCGGCUCGGACCCGGAGGUGGAGGUGGAGGUGGAGGGCCGGGGGGGGCUGCUGCUGAAGUGUGGAGCUCUGCUGGGACUCACUCUGAUCUGUGUGGCGGUGUUGAGGAGGUGGAUUGCAGGUGGAGUGUGUCACAGUUCGGUGCGUCUGGAUGGGAAGACGGUUCUGAUCACCGGAGCAAACACCGGCAUCGGCAGAGAGACGAGCAAAGAUCUGGCACGCAGAGGGGCCCGGGUGGUGAUGGCGUGCAGGGACCUGGCCCGGGCGGAGUUAGCAGCGGAAGACAUUCGUAAGUCGACAGGAAACGGGAACGUGGUGAUCCGACACCUGGACCUAGCAUCGCUGCUCUCCGUCACGACGUUCGCUAAAGAAUUCCUGGAGGGUGAAGACAGACUGGACAUCCUGAUCAAUAACGCUGGGGUGAUGAUGUGUCCUAAAUGGUUGACUGAAGAUGGUUUUGAGACUCAGCUGGCUGUCAAUCAUCUGGGUCACUUCCUGUUGACCAAUCUGCUGCUGCCCAAACUGAAGAGCUCCGCCCCCAGUCGCGUGGUCACGGUGUCGUCCAUCGCCCACCAAGGAGGUCGGAUCGACUUCGACGAUCUUUUCUUCAACAAGCGUCCGUAUAAUUCUCUGCAGAGCUACAGACAGAGCAAGCUGGCUAAUGUACUGUUCUCCAGAGAGCUGGCACACCGUCUCCAUGGUUCGGGGGUGUCCUCCUUCUGUCUCCACCCGGGUGUGAUCCGGACGGAGCUGGGUCGCCAUGUGCACGGCUGGUUCCCCCUGCUGGGGGCGCUGCUGAGCUUCCCCUCACUGAUGCUCAUGAAGACUCCAACACAAGGCUGCCAGACUACACUGCACUGCUCCCUGAUGCCCGGGCUGGAGAGCCAAUCAGGACGCUACUUCAGUGACUGUGUGGAGAAGGAAACGGCUCCGGAGGGGCGGGACGACGCGGUGGCGAGGAAGCUGUGGGAGGAGAGCGCGCGAUUGGUUGGAUUAAAGGACUCGUGUUGA